AUAUUAUCACAGCGCGAAGCUCCCAAACGUCCUGCGACUCCCCUACCUUUUUCUCGCAACUUAAUUCUCUCGAAAGGGAGAUCGAUCGAGCGUCGGAGGAAGGAGAGGCUUCCUCUCCCUCCCCCCGAAGAUCGUGAAGCCCUAACCGUUCUCUUCGAUCGCUUCCAUGGAGGAGACGGAUCCCAGGAGCGGGGAUCCAUUGGAGCUCCCCAACGGGUCCUCGCCGGAGCCCCUCGCCGCGGAGCCCGCGGCGGCGUCGCACACGGAGAGCGCCGCGCCAUUGCCGGAGCACGAAGCCACGGAGAGCGAGAUCGAGCCCGCCAAGGAGCCGAAAGAGGGAGAGAUCGCGCAGGAGCAAGCUGAGGACGAAUCGAAGCCAUCGGCGGCGGAUGCUGAAGCAAAAGCGGAAGAGGCUCCGAGUGGCGAGGGGAGUAGGGCGGUUACGAUGAGGGAGCUUCUGAAUGAGCUUAAAGAGGAGAAGGGGGGAGAGGGGAUGGAGAGAUCUGGAUCCGCGGAAGGAGGUGCCCGGGGAUCCUCGUACAACCAAGACGGCACGCAACUUAACUCAUCCCAGAAUGAUGUUGCCAUGGAGUUAAUAAACAGUGUUACUGGAGUGGAUGAGGAAGGUCGUUCUCGCCAAAGAAUCCUUUCUUUUGCUGCUAAAAGGUAUGUUAGUGCGAUAGAGAGAAAUCCAGAGGAUCCUGACGCGUACUAUAACUGGGCCUUAGUUCUCCAGGAGAGUGCAGACAAUGUUGAUCCAAACUCGAGUUCAUCUAAAGAUGCCUUACUUGAGGAGGCUUGCAAAAAAUAUGCUGAAGCUACACGGCUUUGUCCAACCCUUUAUGAUGCAUAUUAUAACUGGGCAAUUGCAAUUGCUGAUCGGGCGAAAAUGCGUGGUCGCACCAAAGAGGCUGAAGAACUAUGGAAGCAGGCAAUAAAAAAUUAUGAGAAGGCUGUUCAGCUUAAUUGGAACAGCCCUCAGGCUCUUAACAACUGGGGGCUUGGUCUACAGGAACUCAGUGCAAUCGUUCCUCUUCGGGAAAAACAUACGAUUAUAAAAACAGCUAUAAGUAAGUUCCGUGCUGCGAUCCAACUGCAGUUUGAUUUCCAUCGAGCAAUAUACAAUCUUGGGACAGUUCUGUAUGGCUUAGCAGAGGACACUUUGAGAUCUGGGAGACAGGUCAAUGGAAAGGAUGUCUCUCCUAAUGAACUUUAUAGUCAAUCAGCUAUUUAUGUUGCAGCUGCUCAUGCUUUGAAACCAAACUACUCGGUUUAUCGUAGUGCAUUGAGAUUAGUCCGUUCUAUGUUACCAUUGCCAUAUCUUAUUGGAUAUUGAUCACCUCCAGCAAAUAACACAAUCGCACCACAUAAUUGGGAAAGAUCGCAGUUUGUUUUUAAUCACGAGGACUUCAGCAGGUUACUGGGUCUGAGAGACAUUUUUCAGAAAGUCCUUCUAACAGGUUGCACAGGUCUACAAGUGUUGAUAAAAACCCUAAUCAAAGUCGAUGUCGCGGACAUUGUUUCUGUCGCAUGUGCUGACCUAACACUCCCCAGGGCAGGCCUGUGCAUGGAUAAUCAUGGACCAGUUUUCUUGGUUGCUGACACGUUGGAGUCGCUUGAUGGUUGGCUAGAUGCUAUUCCUGUUUACACCAUCUUCGCGAGAGAGAGUGAUGUUCUGGCGGGUGUUAUAACUGGUUAAUGAUCUCCUGAAUCGCUUUAAAUAGUCAUUUAGUCAUGGAUCUUCUGGAAUAUACGCUUGUGGAUGCUUCAUUUGUAGUUUUCCUGUGAUGGUGUGCUUGUGACUCCUUGUAUAGAGCAUCUAUGCACAUGAUGAAGCUUGGUUUAUACAGGAUAGGUCGCAGAAACAACGAUAUCAUUUUGAUAGCAAUAUUUAAGUUUCUGUACUGUACAACAUUUUGAUUAGAGCUUCUAUUCGUUAAACAAGCAAAUUUCUGAAGACGGGAACCUUUUUCUUAAAAGAAUAUAUCCUGAUCUUUUGCGUUUG